GCCAAUAUAAAAAUAGGAGAUUGAAUAAACAGCAAAAAUGAUUUCGGACGAUAGUGGAGUGAAGUUUUUUGAUCGCAAGUUUGUGGCCGCCAAUUUGCGAAGUGAAUUGCGCUGUCCAAAAUGCGCACGCGAAUAUUCACACAAAUUCACUGCGGGCGGUGCAGCGGAGAAUCAUCGACCCUUUUUGCUGUCUUGCGGUCACAAUAUGUGCGAAUUUUGCUUAUCAAAGCACCGCCAGGAAACUGACUUUAAGUGCGCCGUCUGCUUUAAUACCGCGCCGCCGACAAUUAAUACCAAGAGUCCCAAAGGUCCGGGAAACAUUCGCGAUUACUACGAGCUCAAUUAUCAUGUAUUGGGCGAAACAACUAGUCUGGAUUACUUUCGCCGCUACUCGGUGGAAUCGGUCAAUAAAUCCCUGACAUGCUCCUUCUCCAGCGACAUUGUGCUGGAGCCGAAGUGCAGCGAAUGCAGCUCCUUCGCCGCACAGGGCGAGUGCAGCCAAUGCAAUGCCUUCUACUGCAAGCGUUGCUUCGAUAUGGUUCACAAUCACAGCCGAGUGCUCAAGACGCACAGUUUCCAGGGUCUGACAAAUAAUAAGCGUCCCAACAAGGGAAUUCGCGUUGGCAAGGACAUCUUCCGCAUGCCUAAGCACAUGCUGUGCAGCGAUCACAAAAAGCCUGCAGAUAUCUACUGUCAUUGGUGUAAGCGCUGUUGCUGCAACCUGUGCUUCUCGAAGCAUCAUAGCAGUCAUAAGACCUCCUUUAUAACCGAAUUGAACCAACGAUAUCUUACCGAGGUACCAGCUUCUAUCAACUCAAUCGAUGCGGCCCUUUUGCAAGUCCAGAAUGCACAAAUGAUUGUGAAGAGCAGCAAGAAGAAGCUCGGCGACUUUGCCGACAAAACUCUGGCCGAGAUCUCGAAGCAUUUCCGCUUCUUGCACGGCCAACUGCAAAAUGCGGAGCUCCAGACAAUUGAGAAGCUACGCGAGUCCAGUUUGCCGCCACAGAUGAAACUGAACGAGGCAAUGAGCCAACUAAAUGGCUAUGAGAUGGUCCUAAACAAACUACGUUCAUUUUUGCAUCCUACGGUGUCGCAGGACACGUUUCUAAGGGAUGUCAUCAGUGCAAUUCAGGAGCACUUGGAGAAGAUACCAACUAACGUAAAAGUCACCAAGAUUAAUAAGAAUCCAUAUCAGUUAGUAUUCCAAAAAAGUAUAACCUGUACUCUGACAGAAAAUAGAAUUACGAAAACCGAAAAGAAUUCUUUCAGGAACACUAUCGAGAACCUAUCGGAGAUGAUUGAGAAUCAUUUCAUCACAAAAUUUGUGGAUCCACAAAUUGUGGUGCGCUUCAACAGCUCAUUCAAUCAAACUUAUAGGAGUACAAUUUCUGAAAUGAACUACUCUCAAAACUCAGAAAUAAGUGACUUCUCUCGGAAAAAUACAUCGAAAUUGGAUUUAGUUCCAGUUUCCGUCCAAGGACAGAUGCAAAAACGUGAUGGUAAAAAGGAGAACAAUAAGACUAGCUCCUUCAACAGAAGCGGCAUCGAGUUUGACUCAAAACAUAACAACUUUUUGCGCACUUUCUCCGCAAUGGACAUCAGCAAGUCCAAUGAAUCCACAUCUAUCACACAGGCCAGCCGCAUUGGAGACUGGUUCAAAUCGGAUGUAGUUGUCCGCGUGCUUAGUGUCAUCUCUCCGGAGGAUUUCUAUGUGCAGAGUGCUCAUGUCGCUCAGCGCAUUCGUGAGCAGUUGGAGGCGUUUGCAACAAGACCGGAUUGCCAGACACCGAGCAUCAUUGUUGUGGGUCAACACUAUAUAGUCCACAACAAUCAGACCGAAUCUGAUCGCUGGCAUCGUGCUCUGGUUAUCCAGAAGUCGGGACAGAUUGAUAUGUAUAAUGUCUUCUUGCCAGAUAUUGGACUCCACCAUUCUAUACAUUGCAAAAACUUUCGUCAGCUGCCCGAGGAUUUGGCGAGUCUGCCUUAUGCCGCCGUGCACUGUAGCUUGAAGCAGCUGAUGCCCAGCCAAUGUGGUGCAGAAUGGGGGCUAGAGGCCGCAGCAUUUUUAAAGCAGGUGGUGCAAAAAUAUCCUGUGCACAUUAACGUGUUGCGAUCAUUGGGACCACAGUUCUAUGAAGUGGAUCUGAUUACCAAUAACUACAAGUCGAAUAUUUCAGUGCGUGAGUCUUUUUUAUACACAGGCCUGGCACGUUCUCGGAGUGGUUAUCCGCACACUCAGCUGCCAAAUCCGCAGCAGCUGAUGGCACUUUCAACGCAGCGCUUACCGAGAUAUAAUCUCAGUGUAGGAACGGUGCUAAUGAUACAGUUGCUGAACGUUGAGCAUCCGCACGAGUUCUAUGUCAUGCCACAUAAAGAGGAGAAUAGGCGACGUGACCUGCAAAAUGAGCUGCAACGUGUCAUGAAUCUCACGGGUCUAAGCGAUCUGGAACCCAUCUAUUUGGGACGACUGCAGCUUGCCUGCGUGAUGAAUUUCGAGGGACAUUGGCAUCGCGCCUGCAUUGAACAAAUGCUACCCGAAGGUUACGUACUGGUACGCAUGGUGGACAGCGGCAUAAUGCAGAAACUGUUUUGGGAUCAGCUUUUUAUGCUGCCGGACGGAUUCUGGAAGCAGGAGUAUGCAAUCAAAUGUUGUCUGGCGGAUGUGGAGACACUGCAGAAGCAUGGAUAUGCCUGGACAAAGACAGCGAUUGAUGCAUUCAAGCAGUUGAUAUCCAAUCCCAAAUUGCAUAUGGAGGUGAUCUCAUUGCGUGACAAGGUUGCCAACGUUUCUUUGAGUUUUGCACGCUCUGGAACCGAUAAUACCAAUGUAGCUGCAUGGCUAGUGGACCAGGGCCAUUGCCUGUCGUGUGGCGAAAGCAGCCAGGUAAUAAAGCCAAUCUCCGUGAAGACACCACUCGAUGCGAAUACGCGUAAAUUGAUAGAACUGAACAAGGCGUCGACCAACGAACUUGGUCCUCAUGUGCCCACCAAGACAGUGAAAUUGCAACGCUCUGCCAUCAAGAUACUUCACGUCGUGCAUCCGUCCGAAUUCUAUGUGACCCUGACACACUUUUUGCCCGCCAUUGAUGAUCUGAGAGAAACCGUGCAGAAAAUCGCUGAAAAGAUGUAUCAGCACGGUGAGUCUAAGGAGGAUUGGCGAACAGGCGACAUGUGCUACAUAAGGAUGAAGGCACGGGGAGACUGGGAUGAGCUGUGGCAUCGAGGCCAGAUUGUUGAAAUACAUGACAAUGUGGAGUUCAAAUAUGAUGUGAAACUACGCGAUAUUGGCGAAGUGAUUGGAGGAGUGCACCAUUCGAGCCUAGUAAUCAUGGAUGAGACCCUCGAGAAAGUGUCAAACAGCGCCGUGCGCUGCCAUCUAUACGGCAUUAGUGCCAAAAAUUCGGAGUGGGCACCGGGGGCCAUACAAUUUUUUAAGUUUCAGGUAAAUAUGUACAGUUCGCUGCAUGUCAUUGGCCAUGGACGUGAGGGUGACUCCUUGUGUGUGACUUUGUGGGGAGCAUUCCCUGAAAUUACGGGUCCCUUCGUCCCGGUCGUCUUUAAAUAUAUUAACAUCAAUAAUCAACUGAUCUCGGACGGCUGGGCUGAAAAGAUUUCCAGUUUGCCACUAGAAGUGGAGGAACCAAUUGUUUCUGACCACACUACGACAACACUGGACACCUGUGAUCCAGACUUGAAGGCUUGCUUGGAUAGCGUGGACAAAUUGUCAGCUAGUAGACAUUUGCUGGAUGAAUCAGCUGCAGACAACUGUUUUGCACACGAUUGUGAAAUGCCACCGCUUGAACUUCUCAAGGAUUUCAAUAUGGAAACGCCCACAACCGGCUGUGCUGAGGCGCCACUGGCCUGGCAACUGCAACGGGAGUGUAAGAAGAGUAUAUACACAGCGAUUCCCACAUACGUGAAUUUCCAGUGUGAGAUCUACUUAAGCUCAGCUUCCGAUAAACUAUUUAUCCAGCAUAUGCGCAAAUUGUUGGAGGAACGCUUCAGGCCAAUGUUUGAUCACCAGAACCACGUCCCUUAUGUUAAGGGGCAGGCGGUGGUGGUCAAGUAUCACAUGGACAAUUUGAUAUAUCGCGGCAUUGUUAAAAGCAACAUCAACGCCAAGGGAUUGUACACUGUGUACUAUGUGGACUACGGAAAUGAGGAGGAAGUGAUGCCCUCAGAGAUGCUUCCUUAUGCGCCCUUUUCGCAGCUUAAAGCUUUGUGCUGGCGCGUUGCCGUUCACGGUGUGCAGCCCAAGGAACAACAGUACAGCCUGACUGCAAUGGAUACGGUGCAUCACCAAGUUGUUACGAAAAUGUGCAGUGUCCGCGUUGUCGAAGUCAAGGGACCCAACGGAUUGCCGUUAUGCCAAAUCAAGGUAGCCGGCAUGGACAUAGCCACAAUGAUGGUGGAUAACAAAUUUGCAAAUUUGACGCCGCACGCUAAAUAUAAAUACGUAAUGCCACCAAAGGAGAAGUUGGAGAGCUUCAAGAUGUUCGAUGAGUUGCUUCAAUUGGGAAAUCUACCGUCGCCGAUUGUAUUUGAAUUGAACAACACGACAGUAAAGCCACCACCGGCCAAGAAAAAGUUCAUGAUGGAUAGCCAACAGAUGGAACAUCUGGAGUUCCCGGAGGAGUUCAAUUGCAAAGAGGAUGCAUUGUCGAAAUUGCCAAUGAUCGUUGACUUUGAAAAGGACAGCGAUGACAGUGAGAAUGAACUGAAAUCAUUCGAUGCCUUUUCGGAUGACUAUAUAGUUGAAGCUAUAGAUGAAAGCAUUGCAAAUGAGAAUAAUGAUAACUCAGCUAAUCCCGAGACAGAUCAAGUUAAUUAUUCGCCAUCGCCACGCAUUUCCGCCAUACAGCAGUUUCAACAUCGCAUCCAUUUGCGUAACAAGCAGGAAAUGCUGGAAAACGCACACUUUUCGCCGUUGGACACAUCCACGGAGCGUUCCUAUCACGCUGAUGUCGCCUGUUUUAAGGCACAAAAUCUUCCCAUAGGCGUCAAGCACUUUAAAUGCACCAUCUCCAAGGUGUUGUCAGCUACGGAAUUGCAGAUAUCGCCACAACUCAAUGAGUUUACGAAACAAGAAAUCGGUCUGGUCCAGGAAACAAGCGCAUUGAUUAGGGAAGCAAAACAGCUGCAUCCCGUGCAAAUAAAGGAACCGUGCCUGGCACGCUAUCCCCAAGACAAUCAAUGGUAUCGUGCCAUUAUCGAGGAGCUUCAUCAAUCGUCCCAGCAAGCAACUGUUUUUUAUAUUGACUUCCAUGACACUGAAAUGGUGCCCUUUACUGACCUAAAGAUGAUGCCCAAAGAGCUGUUCAUGUUUCCCCAGCGCUCCUUCCGCGUCAAGCUGCAUGGCAUUAAAAUGAAUAGGAAUUUUAGUGAGACAUCUGUACGCCAUUCACUCCAGGCCUGUCUGUACAAAUAUUCCGUUGUUUUUGCCCGUGUUCACUAUCCGCAUAGUUACGAUAAUAAUGGUAACGACUCCAGCAGCGGAUCUGAGCCGAGCUCGUUCACUGAUUCUGUAAGACAAAGAUUAAAGCCCUUCGAGGUUGAUAUUUACGAGAAUGAACAAAAAACGGAGCUGCUCUAUAAGCCGUUAAUUGACAGUAGACUUUACCUAUUGAAGUAAUCUUAAAAAAUAUCGACAAAUUACAUAAUUAGAAAAGAAUUCGCCAAGGAAGCUGAAAAUGAUUUAUGUUUUCAAAUCAAAUGUUAUAAAUUCAUUUUACAUAUUUGAAUAUGUAUUCCGAUUAUAAGUUGCCUCCAACACUUUCAAGAUAUAUCUCUUGAAGUAAAUCAAUAACUAUUUCCAUUUGAAUUGAAAACUUGCCAAAGAAGUUUAAAAUGAUUUCAAUUCACAUUACA